GGGGUGGGAGAGACGGCAGUGUGUAGCGGAUAUAAGUGCUAAAGGUUAAUAAGACAGGUGAGCAGGUGUGGAACACGAGAAGGAGGCUGCUGUCGCUGCGGGAGAAUUUGAUCCCUGGACAGGUUGGAAACUCAAGCGUCCUCCAACACGCACUGUCCUGAGUAUAUAAGAAAACCCUCAGUGGCCACCACAAAGCCUUAUCUGCUGCUUUGGACCUGGACGGAGAGGAGCCAACUACGGACCGACAUGUCGCUCACCUCCAUUCUUUCUGCUGAGGCCAUUGAAAACGCUGUCAAGGACUGUCAAGCUCCAGACACAUUCAGCUACAAAAAGUUCUUCCAGCUGUGUGGACUGUCCUCAAAGACACCCAAGGAGAUUCGAGAUGUCUUCCAGCUCCUCGAUGAUGACAACAGCGGCUACAUCGAGGAGUCUGAGCUCAAGUUCUUCCUGCAGCGGUUCUUCCCUGGGGCGCGGACCCUGACCGAAGCAGAAACCAAAAGCUUUGUCUCAGCAGCCGAUGACAACAGCGACGGCAAAAUUGGAGUAGAUGAAUUCCAGACUAUGGUCCUAUCUUGAGUUUUCCAUAUGAAAAGAGGUCUUUGGGACAUUGGUCUUAUCCCCCACCUUUGGAGUCUCUUGAAAACAUCUUCCAUACCACAGGAUUUACAUUAUUUUCUGUUAAAUUCUGUGUGCAUUCUUUUGAAUUUGAAUUGUCAAAGUGUAUGUUAAUUGUUUUAGUCCAUGUUUUCUUGUCUGUGAAAACACUUCCUAUGACGAUGAAUAAGAUAAGGAAACACGUCAAAACACAGUGUAACUGCUCAGGACAUAAUUGGAUCAGACAUAUAAUUUGAUGUGAUAUAUUGGUUUUCUAAAGUAGGCUGCUUUUUAAGAAUAAACAUAAGGAUACAGUAAUAUUGAAUUGAUCUGAUUUUUUUUUUGUUAUCGAAAAACAUUGCUUAUAAUUGUGUUAUUUAAAAAAAGUGAUUAAAUUGAAGUGUAGCAGGAUUGUAAUUGGCUUGAACUGAACUAUAUUUUAUUGGACUUGCACUUUCUCUGUAAAGUGCCCCGAGAUUACACUUGUUGUGAAAUGAAGAUAUAUAAAUAAACUGAACUGUACUGAA